AUGGCACGGCAUACGAAACAGUUCGACAUUCGGGUGUUCGAUGCAGAUACGCUGAGGCACGAGGCUGCGAUUGAGAGCGCGUUGAGCGUUCUCGAGAACUUCCUCGCAGACUCAGCGUACAGCAUCGAUGCGCUAAUUCACGACUUCCUGGCUAUUCCAGGGCUUACAGAGUUUGUUAUAUCCGGCACAGCCCUUAGGGACCAGAGCGCACAAACACUGAUCCGUGUAAUCCUUGACGGGUUUCCCUCGAAAGCUGAAACGUUUGUUACAUCGUGUUCAAGACGCCUCCUAGAAAGGCUCUCUGUCUUUUUCACGCUCGAGACCGACAUCCUCGCCGAGGAGGACGUGAAUCUCCUCAAGUCACAUAGGCGAUAUAUCGAGCUAGCUUGUCCCAUGGUUGAGCUACUCGCCGUAUACUGGAUUUCAGUUAAGGCGAGUUUCUUCGGUCCACGACGUGAGCAGGGCGUUGAACUCUUCGAGAAAUUACGCCUGCCGGUGCCAACCAAUACACAAGAGGCUGUCAUGUUGGCAUCGCAGGUCCUCUCUCAUCAGAAGGAUAUUUUGAACUAUUACUUGGAGAUUCUGCGGUACCCGCAUCUCAAGGAUCACUUCAAGAAGACUUACGUACCUGAAUUCCGCCAAGGCGAGGCUCUGGCAUCUCCCUCGGGGGUUCUUGACAUACCAGUAUCAGAGUUUCCGGACGCUGCAAGCGACCCCGACAAAGCGCGACAAGAUGACCAUUAUGUUCAGCUGAGAAAAGCAACGCUGUAUUUUGACAGCGUGCAGGGCUUCGGUGCCUUGCGUAUACUAGUCUCGCACAAUACUGACACAGAGCUACGGCUACACGCACAUAGCAAGAAAUCUAAUCUCUUCCACAAAGCCAUCGAUAUAUUGAGGCGGUUGAAAGGUACUGGCAACGGUAUUCCGAUAUAUGAAGCUAGAGUGGAUAUCGAUUCGCGAUUGCUUUAUCAUCUCGAUUUCGUGCCAGAAUUCGAGAGCGAGGCUAUUGUUAAAGUCGUCAAAGUCAUCGGCAUCUACACUCACGCCCAACUGGGGCGGUACUCAUGGCAAGCUAUCAGUCGUGCACUUAAGAGGCGGACACGAGAGCAUGCAUUUGAGCACUCCCAGCAUUUACCGUCUGAGGAUGAACGUCAAGUGUCCUGCUUCGUUCCGGACGAGAGUGAUGCUUAUGUCCCCCUUGUACCGACGUCGCCAUCGUUUGACGAAGAUGAGCAACUAGCAAAGACUCGAGCACUAUGUUGCAUUCUCCGAGGCACUACUGCGUCUGAAAAGACCUUCCUGAAUAAUAUCCUGGCAAACAAGGAUGUCUCACAUGUCUUCUACGUUUCGCCGAAAGAGAAAGCCGUUAUCGAAUAUCCGUACUCUUGCUAUGUCCUCGGGAGGAGUGGCACAGGUAAAACGAUGGCCAUAUUAUUCAAAAUCCUAGGCAUCGAGCGCGCCUGGCAUGCUCUCAGGGAGACAAUACCGAGACCGCGACAGGUCUUUGUUACGAAGUCUCGAGUGUUGGCGACAAAAGUACAAGAGUCAUUCGACAGGCACUACGCGUCGUUCAUCGAUGACCUUCCUGGAACGCCGGAGCGACGAACACGUCUUUACGGUCAAGGGCAGUCAUAUCGUCCAAUGAUCAGCGCUGAAGAACAGGCGGAAUGGGACAGUGAUCUUCCAAGACGUUUCUCUGAAUUGGAGGAUCGACAUUUUCCUUUGUUCAUCACAUUCAACCAGCUAUGCAAUCUGUUAGAGGCAGACUUCGGGGAUUCUUCUGCUGAGCAGCAACCAGCGACUGGUCUUCGGCCCGUCAACAAACGACCCAAGCCUCAAGGAGUAUUUAUUUCUUUCCACGUUUUCAGGAGCUCCUACUGGGCGCAUUUUCCACAGUCAUUGAUCAAGGGCUUAGACUCUGCUAUGGUCUUUGGUGAAUUCAUGGGCGUACUCAAGGGAUCAGAAGAAGCAUUAACCACCAAGACCGGAUACCUGGAUAGAGAAGAAUAUCUCCGCCUCAGCCCGCGCAGACAGGUCAUGUUUGCGGGGCAGCGUGAGGUGAUAUAUGAUCUUUUUCAGGUGUUCCUAAAGCGCAAAAAGCUCCGAGGCGAUUACGAUGUGGCCGAUAGGACACGCGCGCUCUUGCGGAAUAUUGCCGAUCGAGGCGUUCCAGGACAAUUCAUUGACUUCAUCUACGUUGACGAGGCACAAGACAAUCUCCUGAUUGAUGCUCUCUGUGACACAGCCCAGACCAUAUCCGCCGGGAGCGCCUUCAGGUUUCACGACUUAAGAGCAUUCAUGUGGCGUACGGAGACACGGCGCAGUGCAAAUCUAGGCCCUCAGCCGCUGUUGUUCCAAUUGGUGACAAAUUACCGCUCGCAUGCAGGCAUUGUGAAUUGUGCACGUUCAAUAGUCGAGUUGAUCACGACGUAUUGGCCUGGCGCAAUCGACAUCCUGGACAGAGAAAAGGGUUCAAUAAAUGGCACGAAGCCUAUCUUCAUCAGCUGCCUAGAUGGAGACAUCGACAAAUACGAGUCUUAUUUAUUCGGCACAUCAGACAAUCCUGUCGAAUUUGGACACCAACAGUGUAUUCUUGUCCGUGAUGCGGAAGCUCGAGACAGGUUGCAAGAGCGCCUCGGGGGUGCUUUUGCAGCAACUGUUCUGACGAUAUAUGAGAGCAAAGGUUUGGAAUUCGAUGAUGUCGUGGUUUACGAUUUCUUUGCAGACUCUCCCGUGACGUCCGGACAAUGGAGGAUGCUCCUAAGCAUUGCAGGACAAGAACUUAAGCAGGACUCUCGGAAGAUGACUCGUGAUCUCGACGCCGGACGUUUGAGUCACAUAUGCCGCGAGCUGAAACAUCUCUACGUCGGAGCAACAAGGGCGCGUCGGAAACUCUGGAUUGCAGAUCGAUCUGUUUGUGCAUCUCCGAUGAGAGAAUAUUGGCAAUCACGCGGGAUCGUAGUAGCAUGUGAUGUUAAGGAAAACAUCGCUCAUAUUGCAAAGGCGUCAACCCGGCAGCAAUGGGAGGAAAUGGCCGCGGUAUUCUUCCAGAGGGAAGAGUAUGAGCUUGCCAUGCGUGCUUAUGAGCGAGCAUCCCUGAGUCGUGAAGUAACCAUCGCUCGGGCGUACCACCUACAAACCUUAGCAAACCUUCUCCCCGAGAAUGCGACAGGGAACGCCAGGACCUGUUCAUUUGCAUCCGCGGCCAAGACAUUCCGGAAAGUCGCAGACGUGGCAACUGUCCAAGAAGAACGAAUCACGUACCUCAAGAAUGCUGCCAAAUGCUUUCUGCAGAGCGGCGACAAUCGGAAUGCAGCAGAGGCAUUCUACCUUAUAGAGGAUUUUGAACGUUCUGCACAACUCUAUCGCGCUGUUGGGGAUUUCGACGACGCUGUGCGCGUGGUCACGUCCCACAGAAACCGCAUUGAUAGAACCGUCGCGGACACUAUUAUCAGCAUUUCUCAAACAGUCUACCUUCGAAGUUGUCAAUUCACGAAGGCCAGAACGCUUUUCAAAGACGAUCAAGAGAUGCUAAUAUGCAUGCAAGAGUAUGGCUUCCACUCACCUCAAGCGCAGUUCCUCGAAAGCAGGGGCAGAUUGUCGGAGGCUGCAGAACUGCAUUUUACCAACGGACGUACGCUGGAAGCCAUAUCUCUAUUGCUGGCUGACGAGCGAGACCACUCAUCCGUGAGGCGGGCAUCGCAGUAUAUCCUUGAAGGUCUAUGGCAAAACAUCACAUUGGGAACUGAGCUUCAAUCGGAUGCGGCGCUCUCAAAUGGUGUGCUGCUAGGUUUGCUCGACUUGUCGAAGAGAGUGGACACGUCAAUGUUGGAAGCGCGAGGUCAGGAUGAGGCUAUCGAGCGGGACGACUAUGCGAAACUUCUGGACCUCAGCGACACUUUCAUGAAGCGCCAUAACGACACCGCCGCGGCGCUUAUGUGCUUGCAUUACGCAUACUCCAUACCGCCAGACCUUCUACGACAGUCUGUGUCUACGGCCCUUCCGAAGCUUAAAGCAUUCCUGUGGUAUUGGCUGCAUCGGCUCUACGAGGCAUUGAUGCCUCCAACUCCUGCAUUGGGUGGUCUCCAUAUGCUCACACAAACAAUGAUUCCUGAAUUUGAGCGGGGUUUCUCAGUCGUCAGAAGUUGGAUUUUGGACGUCCUCUGGUUCACUACGCCGUACAGGCCAAGAACUGACAAGCUAGGAGACUUCCUAACCCCUCUCAUGCGCUUCACCUCGCUGGGAUUCGUGUUCAACGUCGCGGAUAUUGCUCGCCAUAGCGUCUGCGUUCCCUCCGUAUCAACGUCUCGACCUUUACAGCUGCGGAACACUCAUGGCGAAUAUGUGGUUCAAGAUAUCGCUCGCUUUUAUCGCAAUGACGGUGAUGCAAUCGUGAAAGGUAUCUCCUUUGUUCGUCACCUUCUGAUGCACAAAGUUGAGGUCGAUCUCUGGGUUCUCGGCGACUUUUUUGAUGAUUUGUGUGCUUCACUUGUGAUUGCAAUGCGUCUACGCCAGGACUUCAGCCUCCACGGUGUUUGUUUGCCCCACAGUUCACUUCUCCGUGCCGCUCGCGAUUUCGAUGGCCUACGGCGAUGUCGGACCUCGGCAGCGGUAACUGCAUACAUCGACGCAAUGACGCGUCUAUUGCAAACACUGUCGCAGGAUGAUGCUUCUGCAAAAGCAUUCGCCAGCCCCAGCGUAGAGUUGCGUAUAUUCAAGAUAUGUUCACUAGUCGUAUUCGGUAUCAAUAUACGUGAUAAUCGGCUGGAAAUCGCUAUCUUGAGUAAAAUACGGAGCCAUGGGUUUCCUGAUGCGACUGCCGGUAUUACAUCUCGCGAAAAUGUACAAAAACAGCUGGUCAAGGCGCUUCGAGUAUUCUCCACUGCCAGGGGCAACUCAGACGAGAUUGUUCAGCUCCAAUGCCGGGAUCGUUUGUCGUUUGACAGCAGUCCUCCACGUCCUCCGGCGUAUGCCCGAGUCAUCAUCUACGAUCAUCUCGAUGAACUCCCUAGUCUCCUCGGUCCUAGAGCCCCAGAGACAACCCCUUCACGCAGUGGACCUGCGUCUUCAAUGCUAGCAGUUCCUCCUUCGAAUAACCCAGGAAUGCAAUCACGUAGCGAACAGAAGAAUCGCGGAUAUGGACAUAUAGAUGGCCUCGUCGAUCUUGACGCUGAUGUGAUCAAAGCCCACGAAAUGCGUGCAGGGCGCAUCAUUAUAAACGCAUGGCGUCGAUACCGUCGCCAUCGCGAGACUGUCACACAGCCCUUGUACCUGAUGAAGAUGCGCUACCAAGAAGCAUCAGAGGCAAAGAACUGGCCUGUUGGACAGCAAUAUCGACUCGUUUUCCGCGUGUUUGUCCCACGCUUAAUCGUCGCUCUGGAACGUGUUCGCAUGUAUGCAGAGGAACAGCGGAAGAGUCUGAAGCGUAAACUUGGUCAGGCAAAGCAUGAGGCGCUCGAUGCCAUACACGAAAAAUUAGCCUGGACGAGCACACUAACCGAGGAGGCGGAGCGGUUGCAACAACUUCUCGCGCCCGACGCCAUCGUGCACAAAGAGUCCAAAAUGACCAGGCUGCGUGAAUACGCACGAGAGGUUGAAGGGCUGGUGCAGCGUCUACCUCCCGAUUCCACUGGGAGUUGGCGAGUGGACGUCGACCUGGGCGUCCGGGGAAUCUUGGCGGGCGAGUUCGGACCGCGGCAAACGACGAAAGCGAGACCUUUGUUGAACACGAGUGAUAUGUAUACAUGA